UCUCAUCUUUUCAAGCGAUCUCUCACUAACCGUCCAUUAACGAUAACACAGAUUCUUCCCUCGUAGUUCCCUUCUCCUUACGAUUACGAAGAGGAUCAGAGAGAAAAGGAUCUGUCCAAGAAAAGUCGGAUCCGGGUCGGGUCCUUAUUUCAAGCCCGUGUCGUUGUUCUACGUUCGAGGCUGUGUUCGCGUUCCCGGUUCCAGUUGUGUCUGUCGAUUUGGGUUUCGUGCUUGUCGGAUUCUUUCGGAGAAGGCGUAUAGAUUGCAGAAAAAUGGAUCGGAAUGGUUAUUGCUAUUUUCUGUUUAGGUGAUGUCAAUCUCCGGUUUGGGAAUCUGAGGUAAAGUCAAAUUUCAGCGGGAAAUAUGUUCAUCUCUUGAUCUUUUAGGGCAUAAACUAGUGGAUGGGGAACAGGGAUGAAAAUAGUUUGGCCAUAGGGAAUCUAGAAACUCGUCGUUUAGACGUUAGAGAAGAAACCUGGGAUAGUGUAGAGUUUUUGCAGCAAUGGAGGAGAUCUUAGGUUCAAAUGGGUUGCUGAAGAAACAUGAGUUCAUACGAGUUCUAGUUCAAUGCUUGUACUCUUCAGGAUUCACGAAAUCGGCUUCUUGUCUGGAAUUCGAGUCCUGUGUCCCGUAUAAGUCUGCUGACUUCGAGUCUCUUGAAGUACAAGUUUUGAGUGGCCAUUGGGACAGUUGCAUAGUAAUCCUCGAUAGAAUUUUUGAGAAUUCUAGGGAUGAGACGAGAAAUACGGCUCUGUAUAUGGUGUUCAAGCAAUGCUUGUUUGAGUAUUUUACUCGGGGCAGUGCUUCUUUAGCUCUGGGUGUGCUAAGAAAGCAGGUUCCUCAGUUUCGAAUGGGAAAAGAGAAGAUUCACAAGCUUGCUUGUGACAUUCUUUCGAUGAAAGAGAUCGAGUCCGGUAAAGUAGAAGAGGGUUUGGUUCAAGAUUCGAGGAAGAGGUUGUUGGUUGAACUGGAGGAGUUGAUCCCUGCACCAAUUGUUAUUCCUGAGAGAAGACUGGAAUAUCUGGUCGAGACUGCUGUGAUGGAUCAGAUUGAUUCGUGUUUGUAUCAUAACUCUUGGGAUGAGGUUUCGCUCUUUAAGGAUCACAGUUGCGGCAGAGACCAAAUUCCUGCAGAAACCGUCCAGAUUUUGGCAGCUCACAAGAAUGAAGUAUGGUUUGUGCAAUUCUCUAACAAUGGGGAAUAUUUGGCCUCUUCAUCGAGUGAUUGUACAGCUAUAAUAUGGAAGGUAUUGGACAAUGGAAAACUCGAAUUGAAACACUCUCUCCAGAGCCACCAGAACCCAGUGUCCUUUGUCUCAUGGAGCCCAGAUGACAGAAAGCUAUUGACAUGUGGGAAUGUUGAGGUUCUCAAGCUAUGGGAUGUGGAAACAGGUGAUUGCAGACACACAUUUGGGGAUAACAGCGAAGGUUUUGCGGUCAGCUCGUGCGCUUGGUUUCCCGACUCAGCCAAGCUCAUAUGCGGUAGUUCCGAUCCUGAAAAGGGGAUUAUAAUGUGGGACACCGAUGGAAACAAGAUCAAAGCAUGGAGAGGAGCUAGAAUUCCAAAGGUCCUGGAUUUGGCUGUGACACCAGACGGGCAGAGCCUGAUAACAGUGUUUUUGGAUAAAGAGAUACGGGUUUUGAAUCUGGCGACGAAUGCAGAGCGAGUAAUAUGGGAGGAGCAUCCGAUCACGUCAAUCUCGGUCUCGGAUGAUGGAAAAUUCUUCAUCAUCAACUUGAACAGCGAAGAGAUACAUCUGUGGGAUGUUGAGGGCGAGAACGAACAACCUGUGAAGUUCACAGGGCACAAGCAGAGCAAAUAUGUUAUCCGCUCUUGCUUUGGUGGGUUGAACAGUUCGUUCAUUGCCAGCGGAAGCGAGGAUUCGCAGGUCUACAUUUGGAACCGGAAGAGUUCGAAGCCGCUGGAAGUGUUGUCGGGCCAUUCAAUGACUGUGAACUGUGUCAGCUGGAACCCUAAGAAACCUCGAAUGCUGGCUUCAGCCAGUGACGAUCGGACAAUCCGAAUUUGGGGACCUGCCAAUACAAGAACCGAUCUAACGUUAGUUGACAGAAACUAAAGCCAGAAACCGGCAUUCAUUCAGUAUUUGCAUACUUGUUUUUUCCUGCAAUUUCCGUUUACAGUUUUGUGAAACAUAACAUAGCAUCAUUUCAUAUGGGCUGGCAGCCCGCCACCCGGUCUUGAACCGGACUGAUUCCCACCGAAUUGGUUCAUAGAUAAUUCACUCUGUUUAAAAACGGGUCAAACGAACCAAUUCGUCGGGAACCACUCAGUCUGCAGGUUAACCCGGACAGGCCACGGGUAAGUCUGCGGACUGAGUUUUGUUUUCUUCCAAAUUUACUCUGAAUUGAUUGCAACGAUUUAUUUUGAUU